GUGGAUUCAGGGGUGGAGUCUGUUGAACUUCCCUUUAUAACCACAGUUCACCUGCCUGAAGACGCUACAGUGAUGUGGACUGACAGCUUUAACAGGAUAGUCCAUGUGCAGCAAAGUGACUCUGACCAGCCUCAACAACAACAACACUGGUUAUAUACACACAGAACCAAGAUGAAGAGAAAACAGCUGACAGUUGCCAACCUCAGUCUGACUCUGAAGUACCCCACAGACAAAGACACGGACACAUACACCUGCACCAUCAGCAGCAGGGAGGGAAGCAUCCUGCUGAAGAAGCAAGUGAAGCUGAAAGUCAAAGUCCCCUGUGUAGAGGUGAAGGAUGGGGUGGAGUCUGUCCAGCUGCCCUGCAAAACCAGACAUCGCCUGCCUGGAGAUGCUAAAGUGGAGUGGACUUGUAUUUACAUCCGAACCAGGAAGGUCCACGUGUAUGAGAACGGCUCUGACCAGUUUAAAGAACAGGACCAGUUUUACAGAGACCGAACGAAGAUGAACAAAGACCUGCUGAAAACUGGAGACCUCAGUCUGACCCUGAAACACCCCACAGACUGGGAUCACUACACCUACACCUGCACCGUCUACAGCAGGGAGGGAAACAUCCAGCUGAAGAAACAAGUGGAGCUGAAAGUCAGAGUGUGUCGGGUGGAGGUGGAGGAGGGGGCGGAGUCUGUCCAGCUGCCUUUCAAUACCACAGGUAACCUGUCCAGUGCUGAAGUGGAGUGGUGGCGCUAUGAACCUGAACCACCAAUUACGGUCCACAAAUAUGAGAAGGGCUCUGACCAGCGAGACAAACAGCACCAGGUCUACAGAGAACGAACGAGGAUGGAAGCAAACUCACAGAUGACUGGAGACCUCAGUCUGACCCUGAAGAAACCCUCAGACAGAGACACGGGAAAAUACAUCUGUAGUGUCAAGGACAAGAGGAUCAAGAGGAAGAAAACGGUGCUGCUGAUAGUGACGAGUCAGUAUGAGUGUGCAUGUCAGAAAAUAUUUCUGUUUUUGUGGUUGAAAAUCAUUAUUCAACCAUUACCAUUAACCAAAUAAAAACCUGCCUUGUAGAUUCACUUCU